AUGAAGUUUUGGGAUUCGACUGGAUAUGGCGAUCAAGGAACAAUGGACGAGAGUAGUCCUUUUGACGGUUUGUUCAAAUUGUCAAGGAUGGAACGUCUUUAUGCUUUUGGAAUUUGUCUUAACCUGCCCGGGUUCGCUAUUUUAUACACUCUUGGUAAUAUCAUAUCACUUCUAAGUACUGGGUUCCUUGUUGGCUUCAAAAAACAAGCAAAGACAAUGUUUGCACCAGUUCGCUGGAUUGCUAGUACUGUUUUUUUCGCAUCAAUGGUAGCUACGUUGGUUGUGGCAUUCACGCUCUAUUUUGGUAUUGCGCAAGUUAUAUACCUUAUGGCCGAUCCAUCAUUAAGAAAGUAUGUGGCAGUUGUGUUGAUAGUAUUGUAUAAUGGCGAUAUGGUAUUCGUUAUUCUGGAGUAA